AUGACGAAGCCUAAAGUCGAAGAAGCAAAACCUAACGCGGAAGAGAAACCCGACGAUCUCGAAAUCAACUCGAUCGGCUCCCUCUACAAUGGACCUUGGGACAAGAAGUACUGGAGCUCCUCCAGGGUGUCUAAGGUGUUAUUACACGGCGGUUUUAUAGAACCGUCGUCUUUUAAAAAAACAACGACGGUUUUCACUUAG